AUUCCACUUCCGGUUGAUCAACGGAAGUUCCGGUAAAGUUGUCAAUCUGUGUGUUGGAACAGAAUUCGUGUCGUUUUGGUUCCAUUCUGAUAGUAUAUAAACGGUAAGCCUAUUGAAAAUACUUGCAAAUACUGUACCAAAUCUAAUACUCAAUUGCUAAUAGCUAACAUUUGAUGACAAUAAACAGAACCUAUUAAUCGAUAUUUUUCUUCGUGAUCGUCACGAUGCCAAGACCAGAAAAUGGAAUAUAUAUUAUACAAGGAGAAGUUAAUUUGGUUGUUUCAGCCAUGCGAAGAAGUGUUCGAUGGACAUCUCAUCAUCAGCAAAAUCGACUGGAACAAGAAGAAGAUCCACUUAUAAAUGAAUUUUGCAUUUUAAAGGAUACACUAAGCAAUGUUUCUGAUUUUGAUGAUCUGGCUCCUAAUGAAUACUUGGGUCCAUUCUUGAACGUUAUUCGUUCUGAAGAUACUACUGGUCCAAUUACUGGUUUAGCUUUAACUUCAGUCAAUAAAUUUUUAUCAUAUCAACUCCUCGAUGAAAAUCAUGAAUCAACCAAUGUAGCUGUUGAAAAUAUGGCAGAUGCCGUUACACAUGCAAGAUUUGUUGGUACUGACGCAGGAUCUGAUGAAGUAGUUUUAAUGAAAAUUUUGAUGGUUUUGCGAACUUUGUUACUGUCAUCUGUUGGAAAACUCUUAACAAAUGAAUCGGUGUGUGAAAUAAUGCAGAGUUGUUUUCGAAUAUGCUUUGAAAUGCGUCUUAGCGAAUUAUUAAGAAAGUCAGCUGAACAUACGCUAAUUGAUAUGGUUCAGUUACUCUUUACAAGACUGCCUGAAUUUAAAGAGGAUGCUAAGUGGAAAUCCCUUAAAAAACUGAAAAUGCGAGCAGGUGGUAUGGGAAGUGGCAAUGCUGGAAAUCGUAAAAUAACUAAGAAGCAGUCUCGCAGUAGAGAAAAGCCAAUAUCUAUAAAGACUUAUCCUCAAAACAUAAAUAAUGACGAUGUCAAAAAAGAAAAUGCCUCCGAUAUUGGUGGAAAUCCUCCAGAAACAAUGUCUGCUCAAACAAAGUCUUUCUCUGACGAAAAAACUGAAGAAACUGCAAUUGCUUCAAUUACUGACGAUGCAAAAGAUAAAACUGAUGAAUCGAAACAAGACGAAAAUGAAUCAAUUGGUAAAACUCAAAUGCCUGAUUUUUCUUCUUAUGAUGAAAAUUUUUCACAAGGUGACCUAUCUGAGGCUGGUAUCACCAACAUAGAACAGUCUGAAGUGGACAUGAUACCUGCUGUUGUAGCCAUGCCUGGAAUGUCUGAUGAUAUAGAUGUUGUAUCAUGUAUAUCAGGUCAUGCUACUGAAGAAGAGGAAACUGACGAUAGGGGAGAAGCAGAAGAAAAUCCGAAAUCUGAAAAAUCUGAGUACAUUAAUACUCAGGGUGUACGAUUUACACAAAACGAUGAUGAAAGAAAGGGUAGAAAUGAACCUAGUCUUAUACCACAUGGACUUCCUUGCUUGAAAGAAUUAUUUAGAUUUUUGAUAAGCCUAACAUCUCCGAUUGAUCGACAUAAUACAGAUGUUAUGGUUCAUAUGGGGCUGAAUCUACUAACAGUCGCAUUAGAGAGUGGUGCGGAUUACAUGCCUAGAAAUUCUUCGUUAAUGAAUCUGAUAAAAGACGAUAUGCUGCGAAAUGCCUUACUUCUUUUAUCCAGUGAACGAACUCGCCUGUUUGCGAUGUCCCUCCGCGUUUGUUUUCUUCUUUUCGAAUCUAUGAGAGGCCACUUAAAAUUUCAAUUAGAGAUGUACGUCGAAAAACUAAUGAGCAUAAUUACUUCUGAGUCACCAAAAAUUUCGGACGAGCAACGAGAAUUGGCUUUGGAGGCAUUGGUUCAACUAUGCCGCGUUCCUGGACUAGUAACAGAACUUUAUUUAAAUUAUGACUGCCAUUUGUACUGCUCAAACUUAUUUGAAGAUUUGAUGAAAGUUUUGUCAAAGAAUGCAUUUCCUGUAGCUGGUUUAUUCACAACUCACUUAUUAUCUUUAGACUGCUUAUUGGCCGUUAUUGAUAAUAUAGAACAGCAUUGCCAUCAUAGGAGUUUGCACGCUUCAUCACCUUCUAACGAGGACAAAGACUCUAAUCUAAGUGAAUCACAAGAACAUGUAGAGAAUUCAGGUAAAACAAAGGCUACUAUAAAACCAAAUAGGAUGAUUUGUCGAUUGACAAGUAAUACCCUGCCUAGUGAAGAUGAUUUGAAUGCAAUCAAACAUAAAAAGAAAAUUUAUAUAACUGGAAGCGAAUCAUUCAACAACCGUCCUUCAAAAGGUGUAGCUUAUCUACAGGAUCAAGGAUUUUUCAAAACACCACUUGAUCCAGAGGAAGUUGUGAGGUUUUUAAAAGAAAAUCCAAGAUUAGAUAAAAAAAUGAUAGGUGAAUACAUAAGUAACAAGAAAAAUAAUUCAAUAUUGGAAGCUUUUCAAAAAAGUUUCAACUUCUCAAAUGUUCGAAUCGAUGAAGCUCUUCGUGAAUACUUGGAAGCAUUUAGACUACCAGGUGAAGCACCUGUUAUUCAAUAUUUGUUAGAACAUUUUGCUCAACAUUGGCAUACAGCUAACAAUGAACCAUUCGCUGAUACUGAUGCAGCUUUUACAUUAUCGUAUGCAGUCAUUAUGUUGAAUACUGACCAGCACAAUCAUAAUGUAAGGAAACAAAACAUCCCAAUGACUGUCGAACAAUUCAAAAGAAAUGUUGCGGGCGUAAAUGGCAAAGGAGACUUUGAAAGUUCUAUGUUAGAAGAAAUUUAUGAGAAUAUUCGUAAUGAAGAGAUUAUUAUGCCAUCUGAACAAACGGGUAUAGUUAGGGAAAAUUAUCUAUGGAAUGUAAUGUUAAGAAGAGGUUGCACAGGCGAUGGAGAGUUUUUACACGCUCCCACUGGAGCCUAUGAUAGAGACUUAUUCGCAAUUGUUUGGGGUCCUACUGUAGCAGCUUUAUCUUUUGUCUUUGAUAAAAGCAUCCAUGAUACAGUCAUUCAAAAGUCUAUAGCUGGAUUUAGAAAGUGUGCCAUGAUAUCUGCUCAUUAUGGUCUAUCUGAUGUUUUCGAUAAUUUAGUCAUUUCUCUUUGCAAAUUCACUGGUUUAUUAAGUAGUGCUGAAAGUGGUCAGCAAAUUGCCAUUACUUUGGGAAACAAUAAGAAAGCUCAAUUGGCCCUAAAAACCGUGCUAGCCUUAGCCAAGAGACAUGCUGAUAUGUUAAGAGAUGGAUGGAGGAAUUUGCUAGAUGCUAUUCUACAGUUAUAUCAUACAGAUCUUUUACCUGAAGUGUUAACAACUGUUGAAGAUUUUGUAGAAUCAAACGGAAGAAUUUCAUUAAUUGAAAAAAGGCGCAGAGACAGGAAUGGAACUACUAAUACAAAAACGGAUGCAAAUGUGUUUUCAAGCUUCUUCCUAAACUUUGGUUUAUCAGAAUCUCAAAAUUCUAGGAACCAAGCCCCAGAAGAUCAGGCGGCUAUAAGACAGGCCAAAGCAGUUUUAGAAGAGUGCCAUAUUGAACAGAUAAUUACUGAUUCAAAAUUCCUUAGGGCUGACUCUCUCUUUGAAUUGGUAAAAGCUUUGGCUCUGGCAGCUCGCCCCGAUUUGCCAUCAACCCAUAAGCAUGAUGAUGACACUGAUGUAUUCGUUUUAGAAUUGCUGAUUCGUGUAGUUUUGAAUAAUCGAGAUCGUGUGGCCCCACUGUGGGGACUUGUGAGAGAUUUAAUGUACGCUAUCCUUGUUGACAGUUGUCAGGCAACUUGGCUUGUUCAAAGGGCUGUUGUUGGUUUGAUAAGGCUAGCUCUCCGGUUGUUGCGUCGGGAUGAUGUAGCUAGUCAUGUUUUAGCAACUUUGAAACUUUUGCUACUUAUGCGAUCGACUGUUUUACAUCAAGUUGCCCAACACGUUGCCUUUGGCUUAUUUGAAUUGCUUAGAACUAACGCAGCCCAUAUUCAUGAUUUUGGAGAUUGGAAAACUCUCUUUACUCUGCUAGAAGUUGUGGGUGCCGGAGCUUCAGCUCCUCCAGUGCUUCAUGUCCAGCCAGGGGUUGACAUAGUCCAAUCUGUAAAUGAGGCUGGUGGUGCUCAGAGUGAUUCAGAAAUCUCACCUCAUUCCAUAGCAGAAUCAGCUGAUAGAGGGUAUACCAGUGAUAGUGAAUUACAAAACAACACAACAGUAAAUCAAUAUAGCGUUUGUUUAGAUGUUGAACUAAGGGGACCAAUUGAUCAAAUAUGUUUGCAUAAAGUGUGUGAAAGCCUUGCUUUUCUAGUUCGCGAUGCUGUUCAUAUAACACCAGCAAAUUUCGAGAGUUGUUUACACGCGAUAAGAACAUUAAUUGAAGCUAGUGUCUCAGGAGGAAAGAAAUCUUGUGAAAAAAGACCUCAACCUUCAAAGCGUCAGUCGAAGAGAGAUAGACAACGAAAUAAACACGUGGAACAGGCAGAUGAUGAACAAAGGACAAUCGCUGAUCAAGCUGGACAGCAAGUGGCAAUGCAAUUACUUGAUUUAUUAGACACCAUGCAUACCAGAGCUGAUUCAAUUUUUACCUCUUGGGCUGAUGAAAAUGGGGAUAAAUUGGAUAUUAAUGCGCUAUGGAAUAAUUGCUGGUGUCCGAUUCUUCAAGGAAUGGCCAGACUGUGUUGUGAUUCUAGAAGAAUAGUCCGACAACAAGCGCUAACUUAUUUACAACGAGCCCUUGUAAUGCCUGAUCUACAGUCACUUACAGCCCACGAAUGGGAGAGUGGGUUUAAUAAAGUCCUUUUUCCUCUAUUGACGGCACUCCUUGAUACACCUUCAGAAAUUGAUCCCGCUGGUAUUGAUGAAACGCGAGUAAGAGCUUCUGCCCUCCUCAGUAAAGUCUUCCUUCAACAUUUAACCCCACUUCGAGCAUUACCAACUUUUACUGCUCUCUGGCUGACAAUAUUAGAUUUUAUGCAUCGCUUUAUGCAUGCUGAUAACUCUGAAUUGUUAAGUGAUGCUGUACCUGAAAGCUUAAAGAAUAUGCUUUUGGUAAUGAAUACUGCAGGAAUGUUAACUGAAGAGAGUGAAGAAGGUGCACAAUUAUGGCGAUUAACUUGGCAUAGAAUUGAUCCCUUUCUGCCUAAUUUGAAGGGCGAUCUGUUCAAGCCCCAAGCCCCCAGCGUUCAUACACCGGCAUCACCUAGAUCUCAGAGUCCAAUAACAGCUAAUACCCAAACGUCACCUAGUGCUAAUGUGAUCUUACAACCUCCUCUUCCCAGUAUUCGCAGCGAGGAGCAGAUAACUGGUCUUCCUGUGGUUCUUCAUCCACCUCAGGACGUAUCAACUUCCACAGGACAUUUGGAAAAACCUGAUGAUUAG